AUGAGCCUAGGACCUUCCCGGACAGCGGUGAAGUACCGGCAACCAGACAACCAGGAAAGGACAUCAGAUGUCCAUGGCGACACUCCGCCACCCUCUGACCCACCGCCCCCGAUGCCCAAUGACCUGGCCGUGGAGACUCUAAUAGCUCGCCGUCUCCGUUUUGCCCAGAACCCAACUCCAUCCCUCCAAUUCCCGGUCCGUGAGGUCCGAAAUCAACUGCGGGUUGCCGAUGAUGGGACCGUCCAUCAGGGACCACUGUGCAGGGGCUGCCGGUCGGCUGGCCUGGGCGUGCUGCUGGCGCUGGCGGCCAUGCUCCUGGCGGCCAGCUGGGCCAGUGAGUAUGACUACAUGAGCUUCCAGUCGGACAUCGGCUUGUACCCGAGUGGCCACUUCUAUGCCAAGCCGCCGCAGUGCAUGGACAUCCCUGUGGACCUGUGGUUGUGCCACAAUGUGGGCUAUAAGAGGGUGGUGCUACCCAACCUUCUGGGGCAGGAGAUCAUGGCUGAGAUGAAGCAGCAGGCCAGCAGCUGGAUGCCCCUGCUCAACAAGAACUGCCACAUGGGCAUGCAGGUCUUCCUCUGCUCACUCUUCACGCCCGUCUGCCUUGACCAGCCCAUCUACCCAUGCCGCUGGCUCUGUGAGGCAUGUAAGCCCGUCAUGCAGUUCUUCGGCUUCUACUGGCCUGAGAUGCUCAAAUGCGACAAAUUCCCCAAGGGGGAUGUCUGCAUCACCAUGACCCUACCCAAUGCCACUGAAGCCUGA